AUGUCGGGAGACGGCUAUCGUUCAGUCGCCUAUUUCGUCAACUGGGCCAUUUAUGCUAGAAAGCAUCGCCCCCAAGAUCUCCCCGUUGAUAAACUCACUCAUAUCCUCUAUGCCUUUGCCAAUGUCCGCCAAGAUAGCGGGGAAGUACACAUGACGGAUGGCUGGGCAGACACAGACAUUCAUUGGGAGGGCGACUCGUGGAAUGACACGGGAAACAACAUGUAUGGAUGCCUCAAACAGCUGAAUCUUCUCAAAAAGCGCAACCGUAACCUCAAGGUUUUGCUGUCCAUUGGCGGCUGGACAUACAGCGGCAACUUCAAGGGCCCGGCCAGCACUCAGCAGGGUCGCGAGACAUUCGCCAAAUCUAGUCUCGAACUGCUCAAAAACUUGGGUUUCGACGGACUGGAUAUCGAUUGGGAGUAUCCUCAGAAUGCAGACGAGGCUAGGAAUUUCGUUGAGCUUCUCGCCACCGUCCGCAGAGAGCUGGAUGCCUACUCUGCCACGCUUCCAAACUACAGCCACUUUGAACUGACUGUUGCUUGCCCCGCCGGAGCUACGCACUUCCAGAAGCUUGAUAUCCCCGGCAUGGACCAGUACCUUGAUUUCUGGAACCUGAUGGCUUACGACUAUGCUGGGUCCUGGGACCAAACGAGCGGCCACCAGGCGAAUCUCCAUCCGUCAUCUGACAACCCUACAUCUACUCCCUUUUCCACCGAUGCAGCCAUCGACUUCUAUACCAGGAGUGGUGUAGCGCCCAGCAAGAUUGUGCUCGGAAUGCCCAUCUACGGCCGUGCAUUUGAGAAUACCGAUGGCCCUGGCAGGCCUUACAAUGGUAUCGGGGAGGGGUCGUGGGAGAAUGGCAUCUUCGACUACAAGGUCCUACCUCACCCAGGCUCUCAAGAGAUUUGGGAUCACGCAACUGGCGCCAGCUACAGCUAUAACCCACAAACAAGGAAGCUCGUCUCCUAUGACACCCCUCACGCCAGCAGAACCAAGGCUCAGUAUAUCAAGGAGUGGGGUCUUGGAGGUGGCAUGUGGUGGGAGAGCAGCGGAGACAAGGAGGGCCCUGACAGCUUGAUUGGUAUUGUGGUGAAUGAGUUUGGAGGCCCCGGGGCGUUGCAGAGGAAGGAUAACUGCGUUGAUUACCCGCAGUCGAAAUAUGACAACCUGAAGAAUGGAUUCCCAAACAAUUGA